GCCGCGUUCGCCAUCCUUCAAGGAAACAAGACACUAUAUAAAUGAGCUGAUCAUCAUACCAUGGUGAGCUGGGCCAUUCGUUGUGGGCCCUUGGAUCCUCGCCUCUGACAACACGCCAUGUAUGAGAGGUUCUGUCCGCUGCUGCUGAAUACCCGUGGCCAUCGUCUGACUCCAGCAGACCGCCGCUCCUGUUGUUGUAUCACCGCGAGUACUGAGUAACUCAAUGCCACCCCCUCAAUUGACCCUGUGCCCUGCUCCUCCUUCUCCGCCGUCCUCAGCAGCCGCAAUAUGGCCCCGAGGCAUCCAGCCCGAUGCUGGCGUGCCCUCCGCCGGAGCUGUUCGUCAGCUCCGCGGUUCUACUCCAGCCACCAAGCCUAUAGUCCCCCGCCCUGGCGACCAGUCACCGCACUGGACGAAUGGGUUGAGCGCGACAUCCGUCCCAUCAGUUUACGACAGUUGACUUUCUUCGGGCGAACAUUGACCGAAUCCCGCCUCAUCAGCUCGGCCAACUACGUGCGAACGGAGCUGCCUACUCGACUCGCACACCGUCUCCGCGACAUCCAACGACUACCGUAUGUGGUGGUUGCGAACCCGCAUCUUUCGCUGGUCUACGAGCUCUACUACAAAGCCUUUGAACGAUUCCGGGCCAUCCCGGAAAUUAAGACCCUCGAUGACAACGACCACUUCUGCGAGAUCCUCCGCAAAACCCUGCAGGAGCAUCUGGUGGUGAUCCCGAAACUGGCCAUGGGUGUUUUGGAAUGUCGCGAGCUCGUGACGUCGGAGGUUUUGGAUCAUUUCAUGAACACCCUUUUGAGAGCGAGAAUCUCUCGUCGAGUCAUUGCGGAGCAGCAUCUGGCAUUGACCGAAACCUUCAAUUCGCCGUGGCACUUCCCCGGCUCGCAGGACCGCUCGGACCUCAACGCCGACUACGUUGGGGAGGUAUUCCUCAAGUGCAAUGCCAAGGAGGUGGUGGGGCGCUGCGGGAAGCUGGCGCAGGAUAUGAUGCGGCAGACGUCGGGGUCGGAUAAGAUCCCUGAGAUCACGGUGCAGGGGCAUCUGGAAGCCACCUUCCCGUACAUGCUCAGCCACCUGGAGUAUAUCAUCGGCGAGCUGCUGCGCAACUCCAUCCAGGCCGUGAGUGAGAAGUACCACGGGCGGCCGGAGAAGCCGCCGCCGAUCGAGGUCCUCAUCUGCGAGGCGCCGCAGCAUGUGAUUAUGCGCGUCUCCGACCAAGGGGGCGGCAUCCCGCGGGAGGUGCUGCCGUACCUGUGGUCGUUCAACAAGGGGCCCCACAGCAAGUCGCAUCUGCGUAAUCUGGGCAAGGUUCCGGCGAUGGCAGCGACCCUGCAGGAGCUCAGCGUGCCGACGGAGCGGAAGCACGCCGACAAGGAGACGUUCCGGGAGAGCUCCCUGGACUCGUUGACCUCGCGGCGGCCGGAUCUGCGGCUGGGGAUCGGACUGCCGAUGAGCCGGGUGUACGCGGAGUACUGGGCGGGGAGUCUGGAGCUGCACAGCCUGGAGGGGUAUGGGGUGGAUGCAUUCCUCCAGAUCUCGAAGCUGGGCAACCAGAACGAGCAGGUGACCACGCGAGCAUCGAUCGAUGCGGUAUGAUCUGAGCGGGAUGAGUAUGAUUUGUUGUUAUUUGAGUCUGGUCUGGACUGCAGGGGGAGCCGUCAUACAGUAUAGGAUACAUAGUACAGUAAGUACAUAGGACCGUAGAACUACUGCAUGUUAACAUUACAACUAGGCAUAGGCAUAGGCAUAAUUAAACAAUGGAAAACAAUC